AUGUCGGCCUCUGAAAUCAAACCACCAAACGAUAAGGAGGAAGCUGAGAGUAAUAAUAAUUACAACAAUAAUAAUAAUAAUUUUAAUAACAACAAUAAUAAUAAUAACAGCAACAACAACAACAACAGUAAUAAUAAUAUCGGUGAUAACACUAAUAAUAACAUUAAUAAUAACAUUAAUAAUAAUAACAACACUACUAAGGAUACUAGUAAUGAUAAUAAUGGGAGCACAUCUGGCACAAAUAAUUUUCUGAACAGUUUUCAAAAUCAAAAGCCAAACACUCGUGGCAAUGAUCAUCAACUACAAUACGAAAACACAUACCAGCAUCAGGACCAGCUUUUACAAAACCCCAACGAUAAGCACCACGAGUCCAUUAGAAACUUGAUUGCAUCAAACUUUAAACAAUCGGGUAAUGCUUCUGGUAUUGGCUCAACCUCAAAAACCAACUUUGGAUCACGCAAUACGGGCAAGCAAAGUACACUAGACAAACAAAGUACACCAGGCUUGAAUAGAAAUUUCCAGGACUAUAAUCCACCUUAUAGCUCAAACUUAAAGCCAUCCAACCUUAAUUCGUCAUUGGCAUCACUGUCGCAUGAAAACCCAAUGUACGCACAUCGCAAAAAAUCAAAUUCAAUCAGUAAUGGAGUGCUAGCACAUAACAGAACUUUAAAGAAAGUAUCUUUCUCAAACUUUAACUCGGGCUCUGCUUCCGCAGAGAACCACUCGCCAAACUCCUCGUCGAUAUCCUCUUCAAAUAUAUCAUUUGAAAAUUCAGACGCCGAAGAUUAUGACGACGACGACGACGACCACGACGACAAUGAUGAUGAUGAUGAUGAUGACAAUGAGGAGGAGGAAGGGGACGACAAUGACGACAAUGACGACGGUUUCAAUAAUCACGAUAAUGAUCGAAAUAGCGAAGCUUGUACUCGUAAUUCGAAGGUCGGAAACGCAAGAGAUAAUAGGUCAAACAAAUUACUGUCAUCUUCUGCCCCUGAAUAUGAGGCAGGCGACGUUGUGCUACGUAAACCGGAUUUCCAAGGUUCAGAUAAUAGUUCUCAAAAGUCGCUGAUAUCGAAAAGCCCUACUACAAGGGCGGCUCUGCAAGGCCAGUUCUUUUUGAGUAAUUCUGCAUCGCCAGCAGAUAUUACUCCGAAUUUGUCCCAGACUUCGUUGUCCAAAAAAAUGCCCAAAACCGAAACCAAAUCCAAAUCCAAAUCCAAAUCCAAAUCCAAAUCCAAACAACGCGCUCAACGACAUAGUUAUGGAGGGGAGAAACUUGCAUUGUCAAAAUCAUUAGAUUCUACGUUGUUGGAACCUUGUGAUUCAAAUAGCUCUACAACUUCUUUACUUCCCGAGUUCAACAAAAGACCCUUGACAGAUACGCCUAUUGUUUCCAAUAUGGGCUCGCCAAUAAGUAGAGAACUCUAUAGCGACGACUAUGAUUAUGAAGAUGAUGAAGGUGAAAAAGGCGAGACUAACGAAAACAACAACAACAACAACAACCAGAACCACAGAGAAAAUAACGAAGAAGAAAAUGGCAACAAUCCACGUGCGGUAUCGAGCAAAGAGUCUGAAUCACAAGAUUCAAACAUUACACAGAGCGAGGGAAAUAGAGUAAAGCGUAUCUCGCAUUUGAAUCUUGCAGAACUUAACGACAACAAAUCUCCGGACUCCUCUAUUUCAGAAACUGAAUCUUUAAGUCAUGCAAGAAAUGCAGCUGCUCAUGUGGGUGCAGCACUUGCAGGGACACAAGAUGCCACAAUAAGCACUGGUAUCCGGAGACCUAGUUUUGUUCCUGGAGGUUUUGAGACUGCUUCACAAGGAUCAAAACAUAAGGGUCCAAAAGUUUCAAUAAUGGAGCCAGACGAUAGGUCGGGGCUGGUGAGUCCAAUGAGUUCUAUUUCGGAAACUCAAAAGAGAAAAAUUGCUGAGCAAGAAACAAGGGAAAAGGAUAGAGAGAUUGAGCAAAGGCAACUAGAUAUUGAAAAAGAACAGGAACGUCUUAAGCAUGAAGGAAAACGCAUGACAUCGGCAACUCCACCUGAGAAUAGGUCGCUUACAAUGAAUAAGGAAAUUAAAGACCAUUUGUUGAAAGAUGUUCCUGCAGACAUGAAGGAGCAAUUUGAGAAAACACCAUCGAUUGAGAAAUUGAAAAAUUUGCUCAUGACCAAACCGCCACCUUCAGCAAGAAAGACAUAUACUUUGAACAUCCCAGGUCAAACAUCAUCCAAAACAUCGCCAGAUGGUAAAAUUGCAUCAGUUGAUGUUGGUUCGAAAUUAGUCAUUGUUAUGGUUGGAUUGCCUGCAAGAGGAAAAUCAUACAUUACAAAUAAAUUAACGAGGUAUCUAAACUGGCUUCAACAUGAUUGUCGAGUAUUCAACGUUGGAAACACAAGAAGGAAGAGCAAGUUAAAUGCAGGACCCGAGAAGAACCCGCUACCAGACUCUCAUACUCCAACGGAAGCUCAAUCACCAAAUCAGCAUCAAGUACUGAAAGGUAGUGCUGGGGGUGCAGCAGCAAGAGAAGGAGAGACAGCACCUGUGGCUACAGAACAUGAUGCGUCAUUCUUUAAUCCUGAGAAUAAGGAUAGUACGGCAUUGAGGGAAAAAUGGGCAAUGGACACCUUGGAACAAUUACUCGAUUAUGUCAUCAAUGGAAGUGGAUCUGUGGGAAUAUUUGACGCAACCAAUUCCACCAAGAUGAGAAGAAAACGUGUGUUGAAGAGAAUACAAGAAAGAAGUGGAGGAGAGUUGAAGGUAUUGUUCCUUGAAAGUAUUUGUAGUGACCCAAGCAUCAUUGAAAGCAAUAUUCGUUUGAAAUUGAGUGGGCCUGACUAUAAGAAUAUGGAUCCCGAGUUGGCAUUGAAGGACUUUGUUGGUAGACUUCACAAUUAUGAAAAAGCAUAUGAGACUAUCGACGAAGAAGAAGAGAAAAUUCCAGGGUACCAAUAUAUCAAGAUGAUUGAUGUUGGUAAGAAAGUUGUCAGUUAUAAUAUCCAAGGUUUUCUUUCUUCCCAAACUGUUUACUUUUUGCUCAACUUUAACUUGUGUGAGAGGCAAAUAUGGAUUACUCGACAUGGAGAAAGUAAAGAUAAUCUAAGUGGUAAGAUUGGUGGAGACUCGCAUUUGACAAAGAGAGGAUUGAAAUUUUCAAAAGCUUUGGCCAAAUUUAUGAAUUUCCAAAGACAGAAUUUUAGGAAACAACAAUUGGAGAGGUUUUCGUCGAGAUUGGAGCUCAAGUAUAACUCUAUAUUCAAUGAAGAUGAUGUGGCGACAUUAGAUAUGAUACCCAAUGAGCCCAAUUUCUGCGUGUGGACAUCAAUGCUUGUUAGGUCUGUUGAAACGGGUCAAUACUUUAAUGACCAAUUGUAUUCAGUUAAGCAGAUGAGGAUGUUGAAUGAACUUGGCGGUGGUAAAUAUGAAGGAAUGACGUAUGAUGAGAUUCAGAGGAAGCAUCCGAGAGAAUUCGACGCUAGAUUGCACAAUAAGUUAACAUAUAGGUACCCUGGAGUAGGAGGGGAGUCGUAUUUGGAUGUCUUAACCAGGCUAAGACCGUUGAUUACCGAGCUUGAAAGAACCACUGAUCACUUGUUGAUUAUUUCACACAGAGUAGUGUUGAGAAUCUUACUUGCAUAUUUUUUAAACUUGGAUAAGUCCGCUAUUUGUGAGCUAGAUGUUCCCUUGCAUACUUUGUAUUGUUUAGAGUCGAAACCAUAUGGAACCGAUUACACAAUGUACGAAUAUGACGAAGCUACUGAUUGGUUUGUCAAGGCAGAGCCUGAGCAUCAAAAGAAUUUCAAGGAAGUUGGCGUUGUCUUUAGAGAACGUAAGUACUCCAUUGUUCCCACGGCCCCACCUAGUCGCAACAGAAUUGCUAGCCAUGCAAAUAUUGGUGAUCAAUUGCACAAUUUGAGACAUGGACAUGGUCAUGGCCAGACUCAAGAUCACAGUCAUGCAACUUCAAACACCGCGUCUCCAGUUUUAGAUCGUAGUAAGAUGCAAGAAUUCAAUAAUUUGCGCAACAGUUUUGCGUUAGGUUUACCUAAUUCGAUGCUGACUCGACCCACUUUGCUGGUUCGAGAUGGAGAUGACCAGGCUAUAACUGCUAAGAAUUUACAAGACUUGAAAAAUUUGGAAAAGUCGUCUAGGAAAUCAAAAGUUGUUGACCAUGAAUAA